AAAGCUAUCAAUUACAAUAUUCAAAAUGAGGGAAGAAACGGUGUUGAACUUAAAGUGGCACAGUUUCCCGUCGCAUUUAGCGGUUUCCCUCGAUACGUGUUACGAGAAGCAACAGUUUGUAGAUCUUUCCUUAGUGUGUAAAGGUGGAACGAUUUUGAAGUGUCACAAAAUGGUAUUGGCCAACUCGAGCUCCUUCUUUCGUCGAUUGCUGGUGGCUAACGAGCAUCCUCACCCUAUGAUUAUACUCCACGACAUCGAGGCCGAUGAUCUGAAGACUAUUAUCAACUUCAUGUAUUGCGGUGAAAUACAAGUCGUACAAAGUGAGGUUAGAAGAUUGCUAAAGUUGGCCGAAAUUUUGGAAGUUACCGGAUUGCGGCACAUACAGACGUCCGUUUUGGUAGGGGAAUCGAACAACGCGUCUCACGACGCGUCAACUGUGUCCCGUUUAAAGCUAGAAGAAACUAAAAGUUUAUCUACCAAAACAAUACCAUCUGAUCAUGAUCCAAAUGCUAGAGCACAAAAUAAAACUACCUGCCAAGCAACGCGGUUCCCUUCUUCUACUCAUCCUCAUAAGAUAACGAAUAAAUUACCUUUGGAAACAACUAAAAAAAGCAAAGAGAAUAACAUUAAUUUAUUGAGUCAACGCUUGGAGACGGGUAAAUCUGGAAUCAGUAUUGUAGACAUAAACGAUAUGCCAAGCACCAGUAAAGGAAUUUCAAAUACGUCUGUCCCAAAGAGGAAAGAGAUUCCAGAUCCAGUUAUCAGUUGGCCCCGUAUUUUAUCAGCUAUUUCAAAAGACAGUCCAUUGCCUUUAAAGAAAUUGUGUAUAAUGGAUGAGGUUGAAAUAACAGCUGGGAAACCACCGGCUAUCACCCAAAAUGUAAAGACUAACGAACCCUUGGACAGGAGGAAAGAAAGUUGCAAGGUGGACGUUAACGAACCAGUGAAAUGUGGAGUUUUUAUAAAAGAUGAAGUGGAUCUGUCGUUUGAAAUGGAAGAGGAUACAGAGAUGGAUCCGCUGGAGGUUGAGGAGAUUGAAAAUGAUAGUUCAGAAAAUGUAAUAGGAUCGUCACAAACGUUUUCUGUUACAAAUAUGGAGCAGACCUAUUAUAAUACUGGAAGUCUUCCAGAAUUUCCUACAAGAAAAGGAUCUAAUGGUUAACAAAUGGGAUAACUUCCUUAUUUUUUCUUUUUCAAUGAACUGAAUAAAAUUUUUCCUGCGACUACGAAUUUUUCUGUAAUUAAAAACACUUUGCAAAAAAAUGUAACAACACGCAUAAAUUAACCCAUAGUUUGUCACCUUACUUGUUACUUUGUUACGUGAUCUGGUUUCUUUUGUAAUAAAUCAAUUCAAACUACA